AUGACAACAGAGAACGCCUACUGCAACUUUGUGUUCACCACGGACUGUUUCUAUCAAGCACGAAAUUCUCGCACACAAAAUGACACCGCCUUACAUGGAAUCCGCCAACGUCUUCACAGCGCUGAACUCAAACUGACCACAUCGUCAUCAGCCACCGCUGGUGAGGAUCCCAUAAUGACUGACGCUCCUGCUGGCCAACACCCGUGGACACGAACCAUACUCUGCUGCGCCUUGUGCACAACCGCAGAAAAGCCACCGAAAACGGAUGCCCAUAAUACAGUGUCCACAAUGGCCUUCGAGGCGGAACUAUCAGAUUGCCUCUCAGUUCAACCAUCAGUCGGAGAACUCAGUCAGCACUGGAAGGCAAUCAAGGAAGCGAUCCAAAUGUCAAUCGAAACACAGACAGAUUCCGGCACCGAUCUUACCCUUCCUCGUGGUGUGGGCGAAAAACUGCUGCUCCGACAAGUUGCACGACUGUUGGGGUUGACGCAUGCUUCUUACUUACCCAAACGUGCUAUGCAGUUUGGCAGUCGAAUAGCCAAGGCUGAGGGGUCCAGUCGUCUUGGGGGUCCAGCGGAUCGGUUAACCGUGGAUAACAUCAGUCGAUCCGGGGCGAAAAAUUAA